AGUAAAAAAUCAGGGGGAUGUUGUCUGAAUUCUGAAUUGCACUCCGUAUUUAAUCAAUUAUUACUCCGCUCCGUAUUAUACAUUCAUCGUUAAGCUGAAGUGGGGUUUCAGAAGUGAAUGGGUAGGUCUCGCGCAAAUUUUCACGCUGAAGAAGAUCCUACUCAGAGAUCAAGGAGGAAAAAGAAUGCCUCGAGUGGAGAAAAUUUUGACUACAUUGCAGCCGGCCAAGGAGCGGUUGAUGGUAAACCGGCCUCAUAUCACUGCAACUAUUGCAAUAAAGACAUUACCGGGAGAGUUCGUAUCAAAUGUGCUAUGUGUUCUGAUUUCGACCUAUGCAUAGAGUGCUUCUCAGUUGGCGUUGAAGUGCAUCCUCACAAAAGUAAUCACCCUUACAGGGUUAUGGACAUAUUAUCAUUUCCCCUUCUAUGUCCAGACUGGAAUGCUGAUGAAGAAAUGCUACUUUUAGAGGGCAUUGAAAUGUAUGGUAUUGGUAAGUGGGCAGAAGUUUGCGAGCAUGUCGGGACAAAGACUAAAGAUGCAUGCAUUGAACACUACACGAAUACCUACUUAAAUUCCCCCUACUUUCCUCUACCGGAUAUGACGCAUGUUGUUGGGAGAAACAUAAAGGAACUCCUUGACAUGACUAAAGAGAAUGUAGAAGAUAUGAAAGGUUUUGCUUCACUAGGGGAAAUAGCACAGAAGGAUGGAUUUGUACUGAGAGUAAAAGUUGAAGAUGCAAAUAGAAGUGGAUCCGCGGGACAUUUCAUUUCUGCUUCUAAUGCUGGCAUUAAAAAGCCAUCAAAUGUCUUGGCCAAGGAUCAAACCGACUCCGUAAAGUUGGAAGAUAUUGUAUCAGUUGUGAAUUUGGGAAGCAAAAAACCUAAACCGUUAAAGGAUGAGGGCACAUGGCUGAUGAAUAUAAGUGGGUAUAAUCCAAAAAGGCAUGAGUUUGACCCGGAGUAUGACAAUGAGGCAGAGCAACUAUUGGCUGACAUGGAAUUUAAGGAAAAUGACACAGAAGAGGAGCGUGAGCUGAAGUUGCGAGUUCUGCGUAUCUAUUCAAAGAGGCUCGACGAGAGACAACGUAGGAAAAAGUUCAUUAUAGAGAGGAAUUUGCUCUAUCCAAGUGAACUUGAGAACACAUUGUCUCGCGAAGAGAAGGACAUAUGGCGACACUAUGAUGCCUUCAUGCGUUUCCAUUCCAAGCAGGAGCAUGAAGAACUACUCGAGGCUAUAAUCUCAGAACAUAGAAUCCUGAAAAAAAUUAAAGACCUUAAGGAAGCUAGAGCUGCUGGCUGUCGUUCAUCUGCAGAAGCAGAUAGAUACAUUGAAAGGAAAAGAAAGAUGGAAGCCGAAGAAAAUGUUCCCAAAAAGGAAACUUAUCACGCUGGUCCAAGCAGCCAGAAGGAAAGUAUGCGUGCACUUGGAACACAUCCUAACAAAAGAAGCACUUCCUUGGCCAAUACGACCCCUAUCGUUGAUUUGGAAUGUGCUUCUGUACAUUCUGCCAUAGAGCUCUUGUCUGAACCUGAGAAACAACUUUGCCUUGACAUUAGGAUGCCACCGCCACAUUACCUUAACAUGCUGGAAAUGAUGACAGUGCACAUAUUCAGCGGAAACAUUACCAAAAAGUCUGAUGCGUACACCUUCUUCCAGAUUGAAACCACCAAAGUGGAUCGAGUAUACGACAUGCUUUUGAAGAAGGGUGUCGUUCCGUUGUGAAAAACCGUUUCAUGCUUAAACUAUAUUGAGUAUAUAUUCUUUUCCCAACGCGUAAGUUGUAAAAUAUAGAGAAGCCACUGCCAGUUUUCAAAUGCUGUGCAGUAGCUGAAAAAAGAUGUUGGUUUAUGAGUUGUAUCUAAUGCUGUAAAAUCAACAAUAAGUUUGUAAUUUCAAACUGGGGUCUUUUCUGUUUGGCUUCUUUGUGUGUAUGGUAGAUUUUUGUAAGUUAGGGACUGUAAGUUUUGUA